AUGAAUCUUUAUCAUUAUGUGUUCACAGAAAAUGUUCCAAAGACGUCAAAACGGUUGGAGGUACGAGAACAUGCAAUCCCAGGAAAUGUUGAAAAGACGUUAAAACAGUCAGAAAGCCAACGACACUCCUCAUCCAGUUCUGCAGCCUCUCCAAUGGAAGAAGUAAAAGAAGCUACAAGUGUAAUGACUUUGGACGAAAGAGAGAAACCUCACAUAUCUCAUAUCAAACGUGUUGUAUCUACGAAUCAGCCAACGGGAGGCACACUUCCAGAUGGAAUUCGUAAGGAGCUCAUUCAUAUAAUAGAUAACCAGAGACGUGGAAAAACUAACGUCGGUCCGAGUAACGUAACAUCCAUAUGGGACUACGCUGGGCAGUUGAAGUACUAUAUCACUCAUAGAAUGUUCCUGACAGGAAGAACAUCAUUUGGCGUUGUUUUUAGUUUAUUGGACGAUUUAGAUGCGUUGGCAAAAUCACGAAACGGGGAGUUGUUUGAAAUGACAAAUCUACAAAUGAUUGUAUUCUGGUUUCGUUCGAUAUAUGAAUAUGCUGUAUUACUGAAUAAUGUAAAUGAUGCACCUUUGAUCAACGGAGAAAUACAGUCACCGCCGAUUAGUUUGAUUGCCACUCACAAAGACCUACUACAAGGGAAUGAGGCAGAUAAAGAAACACAGAUCUGUAACAAGUUCAAGAAAAUAUUUAAUGAGAUAGAAGGAACAGCGUACGAAAAACACGUUGACCGAACCAUGUAUGCUGUAGACAAUACUAGACACAAGGAUAAAGGAAUUGAGAAAUUGAAGACAAACGUAGGCGGCUACAUGAAAGCAAUGGCAAGAACUGUGCCCACAAACUGGGUUGAAUUCCAGGCUCAAGUACAGGAGGUUGGGAAAGAAAGACUGCGUUUGUCAUUGGAUGAGAUCACCAACAUUGCCGCUAAAUGUGGUAUUGCAAAACACAUGCUCAUCACUGUCCUCGAUUAUCUAAAUGACACUGGAAUAAUUCUGUAUUCUAAGACUAACGAGACAUUGAAGAACACGGUGAUAAUAAACUUACGUAUGAUGAUCGACUUCUUGACGAAAAUCAUAACAGUGGUAACUCCAGAUGACAUUGAUAAGAUCCCUAGGAUGAUGAUAUUAUGGCAUAGGCUUGAUUACGAGGGAAUACUGGAAGAAGAAUUGCUACGUCAUUUAUGGAGACAUGAGAUUAUGAAGGACGCCAGCAAUUUUGACGUCUUCUUAGAACUGAUGAAGAUGUUUGGAUUGCUUUUUGAGAGGCAACUAGGUGCUAAACAAGGUUACCGAACGUUUGUCGUACCCUCUCGGAUGCAAGUAAAUAAAGAGAGCUUGGAAGUUAAGAAAGACGAGAUGCAGACGAUAUCGAUUUUUGUGACUCCUACGGACUUCCUCCCAGACGCUAUCUACAAUAUGCUUGUAGUUGCAUUCUUAGACUUGAUGAGGACCAAAGGUAGAAGUUGCGAUCAUGUGAACUUGUUCCGGAAUUGUAGCGACUUUGACUUAGAUGAUGACCACGUGGUGAGUCUUGGUGAGGUCAAAAUAGCGAACAGACACGCAUUAAAGCUCCAAAUAUCACGCACUAUUGUAUGUGGUCGUGGUAAAGAAGAGGAGGUCCUUGAACCAAAUCCUAGCGUCUGCAUGGAGCUAUUAAGUUACCUCAGACUGCAACUUAAAACAGUAUACGGUACUUUUGAAGGAGUCGGCUACGAAUUAUGCGUCCUUUGUGACGUGUGUGAACCUACGCUUCAUCCACAUUUGCAUAAACUCGAUGAAUGUUUGGAGAAAGAUAAAAUGAUUUGUGGAAGACGGAAGGCAAUGGCAACAGAGCAUAUCAAACGAUUCUUUACAACAGGUUUUGACGAAAAAUCCAAAAAAGAAAUUAUGAAUUUUCUGGCUCUUCAAACAUUGAUCAUUGGCCGUGGAACUAAAGAAAUAAGAAGGUACUUUCUAGAUAAAACCGGACUCACCGUACACGAAGUUAAACCGUUCUUGAUAAGAGAGAGGCAAGAUGGAGUUUUAAAGGACGUUGACUUUGAAGGCCAAACAGCAAUUGUUUUUGCAUCAGCCGACAAUUUUGAAGCAUUUGAUAUGAACAUCUUGAUGAAGUUGAUUCGCUAUUGUUGUGAUAGCAACCAUGAUAAUGACUUUUGGGAGAAUCCCACAAAUGAUGACAAUGCUGAGCUGGCAAAUCUCAUUCGCAUCUAUAAAUAUAAGAAGAAUGUUCUCGACAGUAGCUACAACAACAGAGUCACAGAUGAGGAUUUUGACAAGCGAUGGAAGGAACUAACGGCAAUGUUUACAGGUGUUGGUGUUCCUGUUGAAGACAUUGACAAUUACCGCGAUCCACGGAAAUACAAAGAAGGAACUGUUAUUGGUUUUAACCAGACGGAGGUUGAAGAAAUCACAAAUUUCCAAGCACUGUUUUCUGUUAUCGUUGAUCUCGGCUCCGUAAGGAUGAGGGAGUACAUUUUGGAGGUUAAAGGUCUUAAGAAGAAGGACAUUGGGAAGUUUUUAUUGGAAGAAGAGGCAAAUGAUAGCUUUAAGAAAGUUAGAUUGUUUGCGGAUCAAAAGACAAAAAUGUUCACAUUCAAUGCAGACAUCGAUAAAUUUGACAUAUCAAUUUUAAUGUGUAUAAUACGCAACUGCUGCAGCAAUCUUCCUGAAUCGUUUUGGACGAAUCCAAAUGUACUGCCUAACCUGGUACUUAUACAUCAGUACAGGAACGGCGUUUUGGCACAUACUCCAAACAGUAGAAUGUCAACAAAGGACUUUGAAAUCGAAUGGAAGAAAGUGGAAUCCAUGCUGCACGCUGCUGGCGCUUCUAAACCUGACAUUGACAAAUACAAAAUGCUACGAUUUGCAACAUAUUAAUAAGACGUCUAAAUAUACAUAUAUCAAGGAGGUAUAAAAAUAUAUGUAUAUAUUGUACAUUUUUACUGCUCUUAAUAUCGAUUUUACCACUUAAGCUAAAUUUACACUAGACACGAUAACGACACGCCACGAUAAAAAUUAGCUCUGUGAAGAAUAUAAAGGACGCGAUCAUGUUGUUGCAAUGUCGUAUGGUGUCUAGUGUAAAUGUAGCUUUACGCCAGAGGGUUCGAAAUCGAAUGGAAGAAAGUGGAAUAUAGCCUAUGCUGAACAUUGCAUGCACUUCAAAAAGUGACAAUGACAAAUACAAGAGGCUUCGAUUUACAACUUAUUAAAGAAGACGUAUUAAUAAUCUAUUAUUGUUAUUUUAAAAGAAAAAUAUUUUUCAUUAUUUUUAGUAAUAUUUUUGAUAUCAAAUUUCACGCCAGCAUUGGCGAAUAAUUGUCAAGACGAUAUAGCUAAGAGUAAAGAUGGUUCGUUACAAAUGGAUUUUGAAUCACUUCAAACGAAUGACCCAAGUAAUCAAAUACAUUUAUAUAGUACCAGUUACGGUACCAUAAUAGCCAUAAAACAUAGACUUUGUAUAAUGUUAACAAAAUGGAACUUAUUUACAAUGUCAAUUUACUUUCUUAUUAAUAUCCAGGAACUGAUUUGCAAGAAAAGGAGUUAAACAGGUCAUUAGUCUCUCACACAUUCCCAUUUUUAUUUGUAACACUGAGAGUAGUUUAGUAAAGUGCCGUACUAAAUCAAACUCUUAAAGGCAUUUUGAAAUAUAUAUCAGCCAAACCCGCAUCAUAUUUAUGAAGAGACAUUUCUGUAACAUUCCGACCCGAAUUUAAAUUCAAUCAAUUUCAAGUGAAUGAUAGUAAAACGGUAAUUUUGGAAAUAUGGCACCUGGAUACCAUGGA